ACGACUCACAGUGACGACAACUUGCCUGUAGCUCGUUGUCCACAUUACUACGGUGUGAAUUAUGCAGCGUUUGAGCUUUAACACCGUUUCGCUGACGACGUAUUGAUCCGGGAAGUCUUAAUCUGUGAAUAUCUUGCCAACUUCGCAGAACUCGAGAAGUUAUUCAUUCGCAGUUUGGUGGACGCAGAGUGUAACCGCCUCAAAUAACACCAGAAAAGGUAGCUUUAUUUUUCGCUAGUUGCUUUUCACACAAAAAAAGUCUCGAAAAGGAUUUGAAAAAGUCGCCAGAUUAAGCGAGAAAGUCGCCAAAGUUGGCAGCAUCGCUCACUGGUUUGUUUUAGCGCCGCAGAUCAGCUGUGUGUCGGUUGUCUGUUUUUCACACGAGCUGUAUGUCUGAUACUGACGGUGGGGUUGCAGGUUGAUCUCCUGCAUUUCCAUCAAGAACAAGUUGGUUCAUGUACUAAGCUAAAUGUCAGGACUUUACGGUAUGAAGAUGCGCAUAUUUUGGUCUGUCGAUAACAAUCAAAGGCCCGAUAGAACAGAUGAGUGGAUUUAGGAAGUGAAACCCUGGAGUGCUUUUAUUCUGAAACGGAUUCGGGAAGUGGUGUAAAUACAUGUGUGAUAUAAACAGAUAAACAUUGUGGUUCACAGCAGAAUAAACAGUGAUAAUUAUCUUGCCUGAGUUUUUAAUGUUUAUCUGAUGAAUUUACGUCACAGACAAACACUUUCUGUCUGCCUUUUCAGAAUAAAAGCACUCCAGCGUUUCUGUUUCCUUGUUUAAAAAAGUGUUUUUUAUUUUUACAUCAUCCAUCUUUAUAUACGUAUAUGGUUGAAACAUGAGGCUUAUAUGCUGAAAGGCAGAUUAAAUACCUCCAUGACCUAAAGCAGCACUACAUGAUGAGUUGUCCCCACUGGCGCCGUUAAACCAGUGAAGCGAGGAUGUGUUUGUGAGUGUGACGUCACCCACAGUCGCUCGAUAAUCAGCUACAGCGUUCACAAGGUUAAGGGCUGUGGUCCCGCCCCCCGUGUGCUGGGAAACAUAUUCACCAUGGCCCCCGCUGCUCUGCACCCACAGCCGGAGGAAAAGCACCCUCCGUCUUGCCACUGACUCACUGACAGCGCCUGUGAACCGGAGACUUUGUGAAUCUGUGAAGGAGACAGAACCGAGAGCGAAUCAUGGCGGACAAGAUGACACCACUGGCCCAUGCUCUAUCGCAAACUAAACUGGACCUGAGUGACUCGAGUGACAUUUCUCCCACUCGCGCUCAGCUGCAGACAUGCCGGAGGAGAAAGCUGUCGAGCUGCAGCUCGCUGGAGACCAGUAAGCUGGUGCACGCUGCCGAGAGGAACGUCCUGGUCCUCAACACCGGGGGAACCAUCGGGAUGACUAUGCAUCCUGGAGGGCUCGCACCAGAACCCAAUGCACUAGUGAACUACCUGCGCAAGCUGCCCUUCCUCCAUGAUGCGAUCUAUGCCGAGAAGUCGUUCCUGUAUGAAUACUAUUCCUUUGCGGACACCCUGGUCCUGCCGAAGCCGAUGUCUCAGUUUGGCCAGCCAUUUCAAGGGUUGUCUGAACAAGAAAAGAGGAUCGUCUACACUAUCUUGGAGUACGACCCUUUGCUGGACUCCUCAAAUAUGACCCCAGAUGACUGGGUGAAAAUUGGAAAGGACAUUGAGAAAAACUAUAAGAACUACGACGGCUUUGUGAUCCUGCAUGGCACAGACACCAUGGCUUACACAGCCUCUGCCCUGUCCUUCAUGUGUGAACAUCUGGGCAAACCGGUCGUGGUCACCGGCUCACAGGUGCCGAUCUAUGAGAUAAGGAACGAUGGCAGAGGCAACCUGCUGGGGGCGCUGCUGAUCACUGGCCAGUUUGUCAUUCCUGAGGUGUGUCUGUAUUUUAACAACAAACUCUACCGAGGGAAUCGCACUACCAAGGUGGAUGCUGGGAGUUUCAACGCAUUCUCCUCCCCUAAUCUUGGUCCACUGGCCUCAGCUGAAAUCGAUAUUAAAGUCAACUGGGAUGAGGUUUGGAAGCCAGACACCCAAGACACGUUUCAAGUCAGCACCGACCUGAGCUGUAACAUCGGCCUGCUCAGGAUCUUCCCAGGAAUCACUUGUGCCACUGUGGCGGCUUUCCUGCAGCCGCCCAUGAAGGGUGUGGUCAUGGAGACCUAUGGCAGCGGAAACGCUCCAGACAACCGCCCUGACCUGCUAGCGGAGCUGAAGAAGGCCACCGACUCUGGCAUCAUCAUCAUGAACUGCACGCAGUGUCUGAGGGGCGUUGUGUCCGCAACAUACGCCACUGGAACGGCGUUGGCGAAGGCCGGGCUGAUACCUGGUGGUGACAUGACUCCAGAGGCCGCCCUGACAAAGCUGUCCUAUGUGUUGGCCAAGAAGGACCUUGAUCUUAAAGCCAUGAAAGAGAUAAUGGGUAAAAACCUGCGAGGUGAAAUGAGCUGCCAAGGGAAACCCGAGCUGGGUCUCAGAGACAGCCGCUUCAUCCAGGUCAUCGCCAAGUGCCUGAGCGUCAGCUGCAAGGAGGAACUGGAAGCCAUACGUGACGCUCUGACUCCUUCCCUGGCUUGUGCUGCCGCUAAGAUUGGCGACACAGAAGCUUUAAAAGCCCUGAGAGAAAUGGGCACCAACUUGUGUCAGGGAGACUACGACGGACGCACACCUCUGCACGUCGCGGCCUCCGAGGGCCACCUGGGUCUGGUGCAGUAUCUUCUGAGUCAGGGAGCUACAGUCUACGCUAAAGAUCGCUACGGCGAUACACCCCUGUGCAACGCUGUACGCUUCAGACACAAGGAAGUCGUGAAGCUGCUGAGAAAGACCGGAGCUCACUUCUCCAGAGACAAGCUGGAGGAAGCAGGAGCAGAGCUGUGCAGCCUGGCAUCCAUCAGUGACCUGGAGGGCCUGGAGAUCUGGAUGCUCGCUGGAGCUGACCUGGCCAAACCAGGCUACGACGGACAGACGGCACUUCAAGUGGCCCAGGCUGUCGGCAACAUUAGAGUAACAACGUUUUUAGCUCCGUUCUUGAACCAGACCGCAUUUGGUGAAUUUAAUUCAUAUGUUGAGGAUGAUGAGGAGGAGAGUGGCUGAGUGAUCCAGUUCCCCGCCCCACGCCUGUGGCACAGCGAGGUGACGCCGCCUCGACCGACAGGAAGCCGCCCUCCAUUAGCGUCCACUUCCUUCCCGAGCUGUCCCCCCCCACACGCCGCCCACCCUCCUGCUGAAUGUCCCUAUUGCACUCACUUUUGAAUGUCUGCUUGUUUGUUUGUGGUGGAAAGCCAAUCGCUGCCCACACGAAAGCCAGUUAAGAAUUGUCCAUGAAGGGCACCGAAGGGCACCGAUGUUUGUACACGUACAUACAUAUGUAGGAAACGUAUUAUACUGCUGAAUGUUUCGAUUUUAAUUUGUGUCGAUGAACGUUGAACAACAGACUGAGUUAUUGUUCUGUCAAGACAGGGAAUUCAGAGCUUCGCCUGAGCUGUUCUGUCACGGAGACCUGCUGUGAAACUUCCCAUGACUCCAUGAACAGCGAAGGAUGGCAAAGAAACAACUUUUUUAACAGACAAAUUUGAAAAGAGCACAUUACUUAAAUAAGUAUUGUCGCACUGUUCUAAAGCAAUAUAUUCAUCAUAUCUAAGAAGCACAGAGUACCUCACAGAUCUUAUUUGUAUUCUUAUUUUUAUAGCAAGAUGCUUGUAAAGUAUUUCGUUUCCUGGAGUAUGAACCAACUGUGGCACUUGACUCGGGUCUAAAGCAUAGUAUGGUGUAAAGUCUGGUCUCGAAGCUGAGAUCCUCACUUCCGUCUGCUCAAACAGGUAUAACAAAAACCCUCCAGACUCAUCCAGCCUGUUUCUUUGUGCCGUCCGUCGAGCUGGAAGAGUCACAUCUCUCCUUUUGAAAUGUAAAAGAAGAAAAACCAUCGCCAAACCACCUCAGUUUCUGUCUUCUGUCUGUACGAGUAAAGGCUCAACAGCGCUGCUCUUUAAUUUGAUACAAUUUACUCUGUAAACCGGUCCAUGUACAUUUAUUAUCAAGUUUUGAUGUUUUGACUUUAAGUUGCAAAUACAUAUCAAUUGCUUCAGAUGAGCUGUUUUCACUGCUGUUAUUGUCCCAAUUUUGUGUAUUUUUAAAAAUGCAAACAAAAAACGUGUGUGAAGCUUUAAUGAAAAAUAAAUUUUGAAAUGAAAUAA